AUGGCGGAACAGAGGCGCUGGGAGGCGCUGGGGGAGUUUCAGAGUUUCGGGAACGCGGCUUUGGGAGGUGGGGUUUCGGGUGACGUAUGGGGCUGGGUGUGGGCUGAGUCUGAAGCGACUUGUGGACUUUCUGUGUUCCCUGGUCACUGGAAGGGCUUCGAGCGGAAAGGCGGCGGCAGGCGGCUCUCCGCGCAAAAGGCCGCCGCACUUCAAAGCUAUGCGCUGCUGCAAGGCUCCCAUGUCAGCAAGAAGCAUCAGGGUGCGCACCUUCCGGCAGUUCACCUGAUUUCGCCGCAUCAUUGCCUCAUGUGCCAGAUUGCCCCGGAUUGA